CGCGCCUUCGCCGCUGCCAUGUCCUGGGCCGCGCUGCUCGGCCUCCUGGCCGCCCUGCUGCUGCUCCUGCUGCUGCUGACCCGCCGGCGGACGCGGCGUCCUGGUGAGCCUCCCCUGGACCUGGGCAGCAUCCCCUGGCUGGGCCACGCCCUGGAGUUUGGAAAAGAUGCCGCCAGCUUCCUGAGCAGGAUGAAGGAGAAGCAUGGAGACAUCUUCACUGUUCUGGUGGGGGGCAGGUACGUCACCGUGCUCCUGGACCCGCACUCCUACGACGCCGUGGUGUGGGAGCCGCGCACCAGGCUGGACUUCCACGCCUACGCUGUCUUCCUCAUGGAGAGGAUUUUCGAUGUGCAGCUUCCUCAUUAUAACCCCAGUGACGAGAAGGCCAGGAUGAAACCGACGCUCCUCCACCGAGACCUGCAGGCGCUCACGGAAGCCAUGUACGCCAACCUCCGCACGGUCCUGCUGGGCGGCCCUGGGGAGGCAGACGGCUGGCGCGAGACCGGCCUGCUGGAGCUCUCCUACGGCUGCCUGCUCAGGGCCGGCUACCUGACUCUGUAUGGAGUGGAGGCCGUGCCGCAGACGGAGCGCAGCCAGGCCCAGGACCGCGCCCACUCGGCCGACGUCUUCCAGGCGUUCCGCCAGCUCGACCUGCUGCUCCCCAAGCUGGCCCGCGGCUCCCUGUCUGUGGGGGAUAAGGACCAAGCACGCAGUGCCAAAGGCCGCCUGUGGAAGCUGCUGUCCCCGGCCCGGCUGGCCCUCCGCGCCCACAGGAGCAGCUGGCUGGAGAGCUACCUCGGGCACCUGGAGGAGAUGGGGGUAUCGGAGGAGAUGCAGGCGCGGACGCUGGUGCUGCAGCUCUGGGCCACACAGGGGAACAUGGGCCCCGCGGCCUUCUGGCUUCUGCUCUUCCUUCUCAAAAACCCCGAGGCGCUGGCUGCCGUCCGUGGAGAGCUGGAGCAUGUCCUCACGAGGCCAGAACAGCCCGGAGUGCAGACGGCCACCCUCUCACAGAAGGUUCUAGACAGCAUGCCUGUGCUCGACAGUGCGCUGAACGAGAGCCUCAGGCUCACAGCCGCGCCCUUCAUCACCAGGGAGGUCCUGGCUGACAUGGCCCUGCCCCUGGCAGAUGGGCGGGAAUUCUCUCUGCGCCAGGGUGACCGUCUCCUCCUCUUCCCUUUCCUGAGUCCCCAGAGGGACCCAGAAAUCCACACGGACCCUGAGGUGUUUAAAUACAAUCGAUUCCUGAACCCAGAUGGAUCAGAGAAGAAAGAAUUUUACAAGGAUGGGAAGCGGCUGAAGAAUUACAACAUGCCAUGGGGAGCGGGGCACAAUCAAUGCCUGGGGAAGAGCUAUGCAGUCUACAGCAUCAAACAGUUCGUGGUCCUCCUGCUGACACACUUCGACCUGGAGCUGGGCAGCGCCGACACCGAGAUCCCCGAGUUUGACCUUGGCAGGUUUGGCUUCGGCCUGCUGCAGCCCGGGCAAGACGUGUCCGUCCGGUACCGCUCCCGGCAGUGACCGCACACCUGCCUCCACCAGCCGCUCCAGCAUCUGCCCCAGCGUGGCCUCCUCCCCUGCUUUUCUCCAGAACGCUUGUCCAGACGAGGGGUUGAGGGCAGAGCGGAGGUAGAGGGGUUGAGCACAAAAGCCACCCAAAGCCGAGGCUGGUGCUGCGAGGCCUCCUCUCUCCUGCCUGAAUCCAGGCCUGGAGGCUGGAGGCCAACCCCAGAGCAUCACCGUCCUGGCCCUUCCCAGCGGCCAGACCCUACCCCACCCAGCUGAUGCCAGCUCCUGCCUGGCCCCUGAGUAUCAAAGUAGCUCAAGCCCAUGCGUGGCGCAGGCCUGUAAUCCUAGCCCUUUUGAGAAUAGUCUGGGCAGAAAAAAAGAAAAAAAAAAUGAUGUUACCCCAUCUCAAUAAAGAGCCGAAUGUGGCGGUACAUACCUGUACUCCUGGCCAUCAGGAAAGCCUGUCACGGGUAGAUCUCUCUCCAGGUACAGGCACGCCCAGGCAGGAAGCAAAGCCCUAUCUCAAAAAUAACCAGCAGGGCUGGGAGUGUGGCUCAGCGG